UAAAAAUACCUCUAUCAUGAGCACCACUUGUGGAGGAGGAACAGCUACAAUGAAGCUGCUUACUGUGCUUUCUCUCCUCACCAUCACGCUCUCUGUCACAGAGAGCGUAAUGGUGUGCUACUACGCAUCGUGGGCCACCUACCGUGUCAGAGACGGCAAGUUUGAAGUAGAGGACAUCGACCCGAACAUCUGCACCCAUGUUGUCUAUACCUUUGCCGGAAUUGGCACUGACAACAAGAUCGAGGUUCUGGACCCAUGGAACGACCUGUGUGCCAACUGGGGCAAAUGUGGCUAUAACAGAUUCACUGACCUCAAGAAGGUGAACCCCAAACUGAUCACCCAGCUGUCCGUUGGUGGCUAUAACGAGGGCUCCACAUCAUACUCCAAUAUGGCCGCCGAUCCUGCCAAGACACAGAUAUUUGUCACCUCUACCGUAGAACUGUUAAAGGCACACGGCUUCGACGGUCUGGAUCUCAUCUGGGAGUAUCCAACCCAACGAGGUGGAGUUCCUGCAGACCGAAAGAAUUUCAUCACCUUGCUGGGCAAGUUGCACGAGGCGCUGCACGCCAGCGGUAUGAUACUAACAGUGGCUGUGGCUGCUUUGAAGAGCACUAUUGACCAGGCCUACGACAUCCCCGCCAUGGUGGAUGUGGUGGACCUGGUGAACGUGAUGACAUAUGACCUACACGGGCCUUGGGAAAAGUACACACAUCAUCAGUCUACCCUCUAUGCUUACAAAGAUGACCAUGGCGAUACUCUUUAUCUCAAUCAGAACUUCUCCAUCAACUACUGGAUAGACGGAGGAAUGCCGAGUACCAAGCUAACACUGGGUAUGCCUCUGUACGGCCGCUGCUGGACCUUGGAUAAUCCUGAUCAGCACGGCUACAAUGCCCGAGCAAGCCACCCGGGAAAAGCAGGACCAUUAACACAGACCGAGGGCAUGAUGGGGUACAAUGAGAUCUGCGAUUUUAUAAACAAAGAUAGCUGGACUGUGGUAGUGGAGGAAGGGUGUAAUGAACCUUACACCUAUAACAUGGCCUACGGCAAUAUCUGGUGUUCAUAUGAAGACCACGAUUCUUGUGUUAUCAAGGCCAAUUACGCUAGGGAAAAAAAUCUUGCUGGCCUGAUGGUGUGGACGAUUGAUACUGACGACUUCCACGCCGAAUGUUCCACCCGUCAUUUCGAUUUGACCAGAACCUUAGCGGAGACCUUCGCAGGCAACGAAACGCGACGAAUAAGUCAGUCAAUGUUAGAAUCUAGAAUAGAUGGUUCAAACCUACGUUAACACCUGCCACUCAAAAUUUAUCUUCUACUUUACUCAUAACUUUACCGAAUCCAGUGACCCUGCAGUGAGUCUAUAGUAGUCCACAUUCAGUCAUAUAAAAGUAAGUAAGUCACUCAUCAUAAACUAUGUGAAUCUUUUUGAGUCUUCCACCAUCCAAAUGAAUCACUCAUGUAAGCAGUAAUAAAAAUGAUUCAUUUUU